CAUAAGCUGCUGUGCUUUACUGUUGCCCAAAGCCUGGGGUUUCAAGGCGAUGGAGGGAUCACCCCCAGGCAAACCCCCUGGAGCUGGGGGGGUUUGUGGCACCCCCAGAUGAGUUACUUUACCCUUCAGCAGUCUUUUUGUUUCUCUUCCUCCACUUCCUCCCAGUGGUACUCAGCCAGACCAUUCAGAUAAACAAAACCCCACAUCCAAGAGCUGCCUGCAUCCCGGCUGUGGUUGGACAGUGUUAAUCUUAUACACCCCAUAUCUACGGCUGUUUGAAGUUCCUGCCGCCACCACAAAGCAGUGCUGAAGAAAUGACUUCAGAAGUACAGCAAGCACCAUGCUGUGCGUAAUUGCAACAGGGAUGAUACACAUGUGGGUUUUAUUAUUAUUAUAUUAUUAUUCUAAAAAUGCACAAUUUUUAAAGCAAGUGGUUUCAAAUGCUAGUGUUUAUUUGCUUAUUAAAUGGUUUAGAUGGAGACGGAGCAUCUUCAAAGGAGGAAUUUUUUUCCCAGGAUGGGUAUCUGGGGCUAUAGUGCUAUAUUAUUGUACAUUAAAAAUAUUUCCUCAUUAGCUUUUUAUUUCAGAGAACACAUUUAACUGACACUUCCCAUGAUGACAGCCUGCCAAGCUUCAAAGCACAACUUCUGCAAGGAUUAUAAUGAUUGUGAGGCUGGUCCAGAUGAAGCUGUAGCCCAGCUGACACACAAGCUCUGUGAAAGGAGUUCUUCCGAGUUUUGGAGAGCCUAAAGCCCAGGUCCACAUUGGGACUUGCACACUCUGUGUGUCUGGGCCAUCUUUCAAAGGGACACUAUGUACUCCCAAGCUGUGACCACACUUUGGGGACCUGGUUUCUCCUGUCAUUCCAGCUGCUCUCUACAUCAGUGCAGAUUACCCAACAUGCAUGGGAAAGUGCUCCCCACACUGCCACAGAACCAGGGGCAGGCACUGGGAGAGCUGGGGGGCUCAGCCACAGCUGGAGAAUUAACCCUCCAUCACCCCAAGCCAGAAAUCAAAGUUCUUCUCCAUCUUCCUGGGACAUCUGGCUGAUACAGGCUCCCCUAAGGAUGCUUCAGGGAGGACUGCAACAGUCAGAGCAUCACACCCUCGCAAGGCACACAGCUAAGGCAAACCACAGCAACGCUGCAUUCUCCUUGCGCCCUUUCACCCAAGGAUGCAGUUAACAGAAAUGCAUCCUUAUCUAUGAGAAAUAUUUUCAAAAUGAAAAAAUAAAAAUAAAAAAUCACCACCUCUCUCUCUGCUCUCACACAGAGGCUGGAGUUCCCAUAUUUGUGCUGAAGGAGGCUGACACCUCCUGCCACAAUUUGCCCAUCAAACAGCAUCAGUGCCAUCAUCCGCCCCUCCAGCUGCCCAGGACCCACGAGCCCUGUUCCCCCGUCAGUGCUCUACGGGCCCCACGGCUCACAGCCCUGCUGCCAAACCCAGCUCUCACCCCUGCUGACACCUCCAUCCUGUUUGUGGUGUCUUUGGCACUUGCCCCUCCAGCACUUCCAGUCCCCUGCGGCUCCCCAGCCCAGGCAGCUCCAGCACAGCCCGCGGCUGGGCCAACAUUAACACGUGGAGCCUCUGGCACAGCCGAGGCCACCGCCGAAGGCAGGAGCCCGGCCAGGAGUAGAUCAUCGCUGUUCUUCACUAGGACACGCAACCACCACAAAAGCAUAAAUACAUACAGUCAUUUAAAACCACAGGGUGACACUGUGUGGACAGAAAGCAAAGGACCCUCCAACACAGCUUCUUACAGUUCACAGCCUCGCUUCACUAAAUGGAUGCGAGAGCCGUGAGAGGUGGGGGGGACGCAGCAGAAUGUCCCCAGCCUCCUGGCCACAGGCCCUCUGGCUGAGCACCGCCAGCUCCCUGCACAGCCCCUUCUUCUUCGCGCCUGGCUUCAAGGAGUCAGCCUGGUACUGACCGAUGCCCUCUGCUUCCUUAACUCUGGAGCAAUCAAGACAGCAGAGUGAGGCACCUCACCCGGAGCAGGCUCACAGCUCCUGCAGCUGCAAGCCCAGCACAGGGGGGGCCUCUUGGUACCCCUCUCCCCGCGUGCUAGGGACAGCCGCAGUGCCCACAGCCUUGGGGCAUUCUCCGUGUCCGUGGGGACCUCACACAAGGCAAACCCACAAGUUCACACCCCACAUCUCCAUCUCAGGAGAUGCAGAGUGCUCAAUGUGGGGGUUACCUGCCAUGGACUGGCGAACCAACACCAAAAUGGCACAGCUGUAAAAAAGAAAAGCCCAGAAAAACAGCAACAAACGGCAGACCUGGCACCGACUUGCAACAGCACUGGGGGGACCCCUUUCACCCAGCGAGCACUAGCAGUCGCUUCACUUAUUUCUCAGAUGCCCAAGCCCAAGUGCCAGAAAUUAAUAAAGGGAACGGCUAGAGUUUUGCUCGCUUUGUGUGUUACGCAGCUGCAAUGCGAUCGCUCCCUGGGAUCAUCUUUCCCCCCACCCAGGCGGUUGGAAGCCGGUGUCUGGGUACUGGGCAGUAACUGGAUCCUGCAGACCCAGAUACAGAUGCUGUCCCGCAAGCCUCUGCCAGGGAGAAACUGCCUCCGACGUUAACGUGGACCCCGCCGCAGGGAGAACUCCUGCUGCCAUGCAGGUGAGUGCUCGGGCUCGUUACUCAGCUGCAGCACAGGGGCUAGCACGAUGCUGCACCCGCACGACAGUGGCGAUAACAGUUUCCCCACCAGCUCCUUACCCUGCCAGCUUUCACAUGGUGCUUGCCAAAAGCUCUCCUUUGAGGACACAUUAACAUUAUAGGUCCUCAUCUCAGGCCUCCAGUAACAGGUUAAACCCAGAAAAUACUAAUUGCAGGUUAUUCCUCAGUACUUCCAUGCAUGGAUGCACAGAAAGAAGCCUUCUCACCUACAGCAUAGCAACAUCCUUCUCAGUUUGGGAUCUCGCUGUGCCACAAGAAUAGGGUUGCUCAGGUUUCUAGGAGGAAAAAGAGCCUUACACUAAUAACACAAAGACCACAGUCUAAAAGUCGUAAUUUUUUUGCAUUAAUAUAUUAUAAAAGGAAGGAAAGCUUUUCUGUUCUAGUAGCAAGAGGAUUCAGUGUCCAUGUCUGCUCUUCCCCAGCUGACACUCUGCAGGCUCCGGACUCACCAGUGGUGCUUCAUUCUCUUUAAUUUCUUGCUUUUCCACAUGCUGCUUUUCGGAGCAGAUUUACUGGAGGAAUACUUCCUGCGGUCAUUGCCUCUUUCUUACACCGAUGCAAAGGCUCUUGACAUUCAGGAGAGGGCCAGGAAGCUAGAUACGGAUCCUCUAAAGGCCAAUCUCUCUUACACGGUCCGCAGCGCAGCAACAUGCUCCGACCAAGAGAUAUUUUUGCUCGUUCUUGUCUGCAGUAGCCCAGAAAACAGGACAAGGCGCAACGUGAUCAGGCAGACGUGGGGCAACGUGACAGACACCCGAGGUUAUGCUGUCCUGACUCUGUUUGCUUUAGGAAAGCCAGCUUCAGUAACCACCCAGCAGGAGAUCAAUGAGGAGUCUCAAAAGCACAGAGACAUUAUUGAAGGCAGCUUCAUCGAUUCCCCCGAGACACAGACACAGAAGAUGUUGAUGAGCGUGGAGUGGACGGUGACUUUCUGUCCCCAUGCAAGGUAUAUUCUUAAAACAGAUGAAGACGUGUUUGUCGGUAUUCCAAGUCUGGCUGGAUACUUGCUUAGCUUAACACAGCUGGAGGACAUCUACCUUGGGAGGGUCGUUCAUCAAGAAGUGCCUGACAGAGACCCGGCGAGCCCUGGCUUUAUUCCCAUCCAUCAAUACCCAGAGGAGUUCUACCCCGAUUACUGUGACGGGAGCGCUUUUGUCAUGUCCCAGGACGUCGCUCGCAAGGUGUACGUGGCCACCAAGGAGGUGCCAGUUUCAGUGCCCCCCGAUAUUUUUGUCGGGAUCUGUGCUAAAAAAGCUGGCAUCGCUCCCAUUCAUAGCUCUCGGUUUUCUGGGGAAAAGCACAUCAGCUACAAUCGAUGCUGCUAUAAAUUCAUUUUCACCUCUUCCAACAUGAAAGAGGAUGAGUUAUUUAAAGACUGGAAGGAAACAAGUGACGGGAAAGAUUGCUCAUUACUGGAAACUUACUAUGGUCUGGUGUCCUGCAAGGUUUUGACCUAUGUUGAUAAGUUCAAACAGUUUAACUUAGAUAUACUGAAAAAUGAGGUUCUUCAUUUCAUCAAUUAAGUUUUAACUUCUGCAAAGGAAGUCUAAAUUUUCUUUUACCAGCUGUUUUACCUGUUAAUAUUUAGUAAUAACGAUCUCCUCUCAAGGUUAGCUCUCUUCCCUGCAACAGAAAGUGGAUUCUCAAUGCUAUAGUGUGUUACAGCAGGAA